AUGAAGCAGGAACAAACCUUUUUAAUACUUUUCAGAAUAGCUAUUCUUCCAGACGGAAGCCUGCGUAUCCUAAAUGCUUCUAAAUCAGAUGAAGGAAAGUACAUUUGCCAAGGAGAGAACAUCUUCGGCUCUGCAGAGAUUAUAGCUUCACUGUCUGUCAAAGAACCGACAAGGAUAGAGCUUACUCCUAAGAGAACAGAGUUAACGGUUGGGGAGAGUAUUGUCCUCAGCUGCAAAGCCAUUCACGACUCCAGUUUGGAAGUCACUUUCUACUGGACACUAAAAGGACAGCCUAUUGACUUUGAGAAAGAAGGAGGACAUUUUGAAAACAUCAGGGCUCAAGCAUCCUCUGCAGAUUUAAUGAUCAGGAACAUCCUUCUGAUGCAUGCUGGGAGAUAUGGCUGCAGGGUACAGACCACAGCAGACAGUGUGUCAGAUGAGGCAGAACUUCUUGUUAGGGCCGGCGGUAGCUGGGGUGUGGGCCGCACUCAGAAUGAAAACAUGAAGCUGAGACCUCAGACCUCUACAAGUUCCUCUUCUGCUUUAUCUGGGUGUCAGGUGCCUUUGUGGGAAGCACCACUCAAAUGUCCGUGGGUAACCUUUGACCUUACAAGAGAAGUAGGAGGGACUGGGAAGGACGGUUCAGCAAGUACCAGGCUAGAAAGAGAAGCUCUGGAUGUCAACCCAGUGGCUGGUCGCAUCGCCAAAGAAGACAAAAGAACAUUGAGAGACGAAGGCUCAUUAGAUGAGGUAGGGAGACGAGAUGAAGUGUUGCCGGAGAAGCGCUGUGGAGAAAACGCCUGCUGGGAAACAUCUGCUCCCAAUUACCCGACUACAGGACUGCUCUGGCCCAGUGCUGGUGCAGGAGCUGAGCAUCUCCACCCUGCAGAUGAGGUAGAUGGUGGCAUGAAAAUGUCCCCAGGUCCCCCAGGUCCACCUGGGGUGGUCAUCGUGGAGGAAAUCACAGAAAGCACAGCCACUCUCUCAUGGAGUCCUGCAACUGACAACCACAGUCCCAUCUCCUCCUACAACCUGCAGGCACGCAGCCCCUUCUCCCUGGGCUGGCAAACCGUGAAAACAGUCCCAGAAGUCAUCACAGGAGACAUGGAGUCAGCGAUGGCUGUGGACCUAAAUCCCUGGGUAGAAUAUGAAUUCCGAGUGGUGGCCACCAAUCCAAUUGGGACAGGUGAUCCAAGCAUUCCAUCUCGAAUGAUCCGCACAAAUGAGGCAGUUCCAAAGACAGCGCCCAGCAAUGUAAGUGGAAGAAGUGGAAGAAGGCAUGAACUGGUGAUCGCCUGGGAGCCAGUAUCAGAAGAAUUUCAAAAUGGGGAAGGUUUCGGCUACAUAGUGGCGUUCAGACCCAAUGGAACUCGUGGCUGGAAGGAGAAGAUGGUGACAUCUUCUGAGGCUUCAAAGUUCAUUUACCGAGAUGAAAGUGUACCCCCUCUCACACCCUUUGAAGUCAAAGUUGGUGUUUAUAAUAAUAAAGGCGAUGGCCCCUUCAGCCAGAUUGUCGUCAUCUGUUCAGCGGAGGGAGAACCCACUGCUGCCCCCACCGACGUCAAGGCUACCAGUGUAUCUGUCUCAGAGAUUCUCGUUACAUGGAAACAUAGAAAGGAAAGUCUCGGAAGGCCGCAGGGGUUUGAGGUAUGA